AUGCCCAGCGUCCCAGACCUCAUCCCCGAAUCCGACCUCAACGACUCCCAAAUCCAAACAACUGCCCCAAACUGCCCCGUCACAUCGGAACCCUCCAUCCCUAACCCAGCCGUCGCGCGCGCCAACGCCGCCAUCUCAAUCGACAAACCCAAUGGCGACGCAGACUACAUUGCCAAAUACGGCGACUUCACCCCACUACAACAACACGUCCUCUUCUGGGACCGCGAUCACGACGGCCAGAUCUACCCGCUGGACACCUACAACGGCUUCCGGGAGCUAGGCUUCAACAUCCUCUUCUCACUGCUGGCGGUGCUGAUCAUCAAUUUGAAUUUCUCGUAUCCGACGCGGUUAGCGCAUUCGGUUAUCCCGGAUUUGUGGUUUAGGGUUUAUGUUGACAGCAUAUACAAAGCUAAGCAUGGAUCUGAUAGCGGGACGUAUGAUCCUGAAGGACGGUUCAUCCCGCAGCAUUUCGAGGAUAUGUUUGCCAAGUAUGAUCGGGAUCAAGACGGGGCGUUGACCCUGGGAGAGCUGUUUGAGAUGAUGCAUGGGAAUCGGUGUGCGGUGGAUCCGUUUGGGUGGGGUGCUGCGUUCUUUGAAUGGGGGACCACAUGGCUAUUGAUUCAGCGUGAUGGACGGGUUUACAAGGAGGAUUUGAGGGGGUUUAUGAUGUAUGGAUCGAUAUUCUGGAAGAUCCGUGAAGAGAGGAAGAAGGGGGGUUGGAAGCAGGUCAAGAUGUACUGA